CCCUCCCUCCCUCCCCUCUUCUCCUCCUCUACACUGCACCCAAACCCUCACCCCCCACCCCAUCGGGCCGGGACCCAUGAAAUUAAAGGCAGGAAUCUGAUCUCCGGAGCCUCUCUCUCUCUCUCUCUCUCUCUCCCUCCCUCCCUCCCUCCCUCCCUCCCUUCCCCUUCCCUCCCUCUUCCUUUCCAACUCGGGCUUGGAGCUGCAGUCAGGGAAACCGAGAUCCUUUGUGGGAUUUCCAUUGAGUUCUUCCUGGAUUGGACGCUUCAUCCUGUACUAGCUUAGGAGUUUUGCUGGGAGAGAUCCUGUUUCAGGCGCUAGACGACUGUGUCCCCUCGGCUCCCUGGGAAGCACAGAGAGUGUUUUGGAGAGUUGUCUAGACCAAUGACUGGUUAAAUGACUUGUCCGGGUUCAUCUGAGAGCACUGUCAUGGUAACCAAGAGAAGAGAGAGUAUCCAUAAGGAAGGAGUUGACAGCACUCUUAAAUGCUACAGAAUGGUCAAGGAAAGUGAAGACUGAGAAAGACUGGCCUGACAGCUCUCCCUCAGGCGUCUUCCCUCUGGGCUUCUGAGCAGUCGUGAUGGAGAACUCCUCAGCAGCUUCAGCCUCCUCCGAGGCAGGGAGCAGCCGUUCUCAGGAGAUUGAGGAGCUGGAGCGCUUCAUUGACAGCUAUGUGCUCGAGUACCAGGUGCAGGGCCUCCUGACGGACAAGACCGAGGGUGAUGGGGAGAGCGAGAAGACGCAAUCCAACGUCUCCCAGUGGCCUGUGGAUUGCAAUGACCAAUUGGAUGGCAGUUGUUCGUCAUCCCAAGGGAGAGGCCCCUCCCAACAGAACGGCAACAAAGACAACUCUAUGGACAUGUUGGGUACUGAUAUUUGGGCUGCCAAUACCUUUGAUUCUUUCCGAUGUGGAAAAGGGAAGCUGGAAGAUGGGGAAGGAAUCAACUUGAACGACAUAGAGAAAGUCCUCCCUGCCUGGCAGGGUUAUCAUCCAAUGCCCCAUGAAGCAGAGAUUGCACAUACUAAGAAAUUGUUCCGACGGAGAAGAAACGACCGGAGGAGACAGCAAAGGCCCCCAGGUGGGAACAAGUCCCAGCAGCACAGUGACCACCAACCAGGCAGUGCCAAACACAACAGGGACCACCAGAAAUCCUACCAGGGGGGCCAGGCACCUCACCCCUCAGGGAGGCCUAACCACCAUGGCUAUAGCCAGAACCGACGGUGGCACCACAACAACCCAAAACACCCGCCCGGCGACAAGGAGGCUGCUACCCACCGCAACAACACCAAAGAAACGGAGAGCCUGAAGAUCGAAGAUGCCCCUGUGUGCACAGUGCACAUCCCCCUGGACAUGCACCGGAACCCCGAUGCUCAGCCUACAGAUAGGUCACCACCCCAGCAGCCUGGAGGCCUGGAGGUGGAGGCCAAACGCAAAGACGGUAUUAUUAAUGAUCGAAUUGGGGAGCGGCCCAAAAUUAACCUGCUCCAGUCUUCCAAAGACAGGCUGAGGCGAAGACUAAAGGAAAAGGUACCGGAAGAAGUAACGGUGGUGCCACCCAAUCCCCAGAGGAACAAAAUGGACAAGCUGAUAGAGAUUCUGAACAGCAUGAGGAACAACGGCAGUGACGCGGAUGCCCAGCUCACCACCUUCAUGGAGGAGGCCCAGAACUCCACCAACUCCGAGGAGAUGCUGGGAGAGAUUGUCCGAACCAUUUACCAAAAGGCUGUGACAGACCGCAGUUUUGCCUUCACGGCUGCGAAACUCUGUGACAAAAUGGCCCUCUUCAUGGUGGAAGGGACCAAGUUCCGGAGCCUUCUUCUCAACGUGCUGCAGAAAGAUUUCACCAUGCGGGAGGAGCUACAACGCCAAGACGUUGAGCGCUGGUUGGGAUUCAUCACCUUCCUCUGCGAGGUGUUUGGCACCAUGCGCAGCAGUACUGGGGAACCAUUCCGUGUCCUUGUCUGUCCCAUCUACACCUGCCUCAGGGAGUUGUUGCAGUCUCAGGAUGUGAAGGAAGAUGCGGUCCUUUGCUGUUCCAUGGAGCUGCAGAGCACAGGUCGACUGCUGGAAGAGCAGCUGCCCGAAAUGAUGACAGAGCUCUUGGCCAGCGCCCGGGACAAGAUGCUGUGCCCUUCAGAGUCAAUGCUGACACGGUCGCUGCUUCUCGAGGUCAUCGAGCUGCAUGCCAACAACUGGAACCCCCUGACACCAACCAUCACCCAAUACUACAACAAAACCAUCCAGAAACUGACAGCCUGAGGAGGCAGGGUGGGGUGGGCCGGGAGGGCAGGCAGGCCAGGGGGGCCCCAAGGAGGGCAGGGAACAGGAUGGGACAAGAGAGGACAGGACCAGGAGGAAAGGGGAUGGCCGGAGUAGGAGAAAGACCAUGCACCAUAAAUGAAAGCAGAAAAGCAGGGCAGAUAGGCCCAAUGGCAAAUUCAGAGAGAAAGGAGCAAAACUCUCAGGAUCCAAUACCUAAGAGGAGCCACCAUCCCCUGCUUCCUGCAUGCGGCAAUACACAUCCAUAAAGGAUGCAUGUCUCUUUUUAGCAGGGGCCCCCUGCCAUCUCCCUACCUAUUUUCUGAAUUCCUUAUCCCCCUGCUUCCCUACCCCUUCCCACUCCAUACCCUGCAGGGUUUCUGUUGGAGGGGGUUCAUUCUUGUGACUCCAUUACAGCCGUGACAGACGCUCACUCACCCUGGGACACCAUUUGGGUCAGAAAAGACCACAGAGGGUUGAAAACAGGCAUCCAAGUCUGGCCUGGUAUUGUUUCCCACCCCACCCCACCCCCACUCCCCAUUAUGUCAGCUUGCAGUAGCCAACUGGCGGAGGCGACGCAUGGCAGAUGUCUUGGGAGGACAAAAGAACACAAGGUCUGCACCAGACGCUUGUAAUUGACAACUUUUGUCCAGCAGAGCUUAGUUUGGGUAGGGCUUGGGGGUCCCCCCCAGUCCCUCACCCUCCACCGGACUGACUGCAGUUGUCUUCCCUUAAAUUCCUGAAACACAGGAGGAGGAGGAGGGAUGUUUGCGGUUGUAAUUUGCACUCUUGGGAGGCUGUUUUUAUAAAAAGACAGUGACUUUGAAGUCUCUUUUCUCUGUGAGGAGAGCCUCCAGCGUACACUCUGUGAGCACCCCUGAGUAGCAGGGGAGGGCAGGUCUGGGGGACCACAGUCCAGGCCUCAUAGCUGUAGUAGCCAUUUAAGAUAAUCAAAUACUUCUGGUCCAGCAGGGGCUUCCUCCAAGAAACCUGUGCUAUACCAUGUCCUUUGGGCACUGACCUAUAAUUAUCCCUCCUCCCCAAGUUCUACACUGGGGUCCUUAGCACUAUGUCCAUAGUACUGUUCAGUUAACUUGGCUCUAGCCCCAGAGGACUUUGGGAAAUACAAGGAAAAGAAGCUGGUAAACGGGGAAGGGGGAGGGGUUGUGGGGGGAAAGUGUCAUGGUGUUUGCAGGCUCAAAGGAAGUAUCCCCACUGGCAUAUACUGUCAUCUGUUCUCAGGGCCUCAGUCUGCAAGAUAAAUGACAUUGCCCAGGGUGCUGAUCUGACAGGGGUCUUAACUGAUUGGGCCUACAUUGUUAUACCCCAUUCCCCUUCCAUGGAAGGAUGCCCCUACCAAGAUCAAAAGCUGGUCCAGAAGUGUUUCUGGGGCCCACUGAGGACAAAUAGAAGUCAAGCAAGUGCCCACUGGAGCACAGUGUUAUUAGGAAGAGGACGAAAGUGGGUACUUCAGGAAGGAGAUGUUCUAGAGCCAACGUCACAAUCAGUGUUAGUGAGGGAGACGGCUUUCUAGGUUUCUGAGGCUCAGCUGGGAUCAGCUGUGUUAACAGCCUUUUUUUCUCCACAAUUCUACUCCACUAUUCUACCCCCAUACCUCUACCCAGCUGCACCAAAUUCAAUACAGUAUGUACUGUUUUGAGUAACAUGACAUGGACCAGAUGGAGAAAUCUCAUAGAUUUGUUUCUUGGAAGCCAGGAAGGUUGUCUAGGACAACCCUAGUUAAAAAUUUUCAAUGGGCUCUUUCUGGAGACAAGAGACCUGAAUGAAGACCAGGAAAUGAUGUCAAGAUUUCAGCAGCUUCUUUAUUUGUUCCUUUAUUAAGGUUUGCCACCCACUAAAUCAUCUCUCUGGCUGCUCAGUCCUAAAGCCUGGUACACCUAAGGAAUGAGGUUUUCCCUUUUUUUUGUUCAGAGCUAAUGAGAGAGAUUAGGAAAGGAAAGGCAGUCUCUCACCAGCCCCACUGUGACCAAACCUCAGAGUCGCUUUCCCCUGGCAAGAGAAUUCAUACCCACCUGAGUCAGGAGGCAAACAUUCCCCCAGGUCCACUCCCUGGCAGAUGAUUUUGCAUGCCCAUUCCCUGAAAACAAGCCUACCCACCCAUAUGAGAAGAGUAGAAGUCUUCCCUAACCCUGAGCUUCUCAGACUGUACCACAGAAGCUAAUGAGCAACUAUCCUCCCUACCAUAUGCACCUUCAUUUCUUUUUUCUCCCACAGUCCUCUUUUUUUCUCACCCACCUCCCGUUUUUUUCUCUUUCUCAUGCCCUCUUUUUCUCUCCUAUUCCCCAACUCCUUAAUCUUGCCACUGCUCCCUGGGGGUCUGCUUAGCCCAAACAGAAGCCUGUGGUAUAAAAAGAUUCCAGCCGUUGGCCUGAAUUGUUCAGUGAUGGUGAGGAUACUUGUAGAAUGCAGAAGAAAGACAGUCUCCUGAUGGACUCAGCCAGUCCUAGUGGGAGAGAACAAUAAAGGGCAGAAACCACUGAUCCACCACCUUCUAAAGCUAUAAAUAUGUGUGAAGAGAGUGGAUCUGGUCCCAAAGCUCUGGUGAAAAUCAGGGGCAAUAACUAGGUGUAAACCACCUCUGAGCUAUAGGGUUAGAGAGGAAGAAUGGGGAGGGAGGAACUGAGGGAAGAAGGGAUGGACAGUGUAAAACCAAGACAAGAAGUUCUGUUGUAUAAAGGGGGGAUUUCUCAAAAGACCUUUUCAUGGACAAGGUCCCUUGUGAGAGCUGUGGAAGCAUGUCCCCAUGGGCAAGGCAAUGGGCUCUUUGAAGGGUCCCCAGUAGGGCCAUGAGGCUUACUUCCUCUGGUUCUCCCACACUAACCCUGUGAGUCAAACUCCUUAACUCUCAUGGUGAUAGUGUGGAAAAAGUAAAUUAUUAUACAUAUAUAUACAUAUAUAUAUAUAUAUAUAUAUAUAUAUAUAUAUACACAUAUAUAAAUAUAUUUUUAAUUACGUAUUGUGUCAUGGUGGCUUCCGGCAUACACACAGUUUACACAGGUCAAUCUGUUGCUUUAAAGCGCUUCCUGGCCAAUCUGAAUAACCAUUUAAGCCGUUUUCUAUAUCUAGUUGCUGCUACUUUUACAAACUUGUGAAAAGUGCUUCAGAUAAUAAUAAUAAGCCUAAACUCUGGGGAGCCGCCAUCUGAUGAGAACAUGGGCAGGUAGAAGCAAUACUCUGCCCAGCCUCGGAGAGCCCUGACCUCCCCAGCCCUGAGCCUGGGGCCGUGUCUGGCCUUCCCUUGGUGAACUGUGGUAGGCCCAGUUUGACCUCUGAAUGUAUUCAAGGGAAACCCUAAACAGAGGAAAACUGAAUCUUUUCUUUCUAAGGCUUCAAAUUCAUACCCAAUUGACUGCAACUUUCUGAGAACAUUCAUGAAGCCAAGCCAUGACAGCCAGUGGUCAUUCUAUUUAAGCACUUUCCCCAGUGGGCCAGCCAACCCAAGGGUCAGCUUUUAUCCCAGUUUUCCUUCAAAAGAGAUGAGAUUGCCUUCUAGCUGUAGUCUUGGGCAUCAGGCUGAAUGGUUUCAGUCCAUUUCUUUGUACUACAGCCCAAACUGACUCCUAACCUUCGCUAGACAAGACCAGAGAACCCCUGAGACACUGGAAACCCACCUUCCUCUGGAACUACUCUCCAAUUAAUCCAGUCUGCCUAUGUUUGUCUUGCUGUCAGCUGCUUUGUAAACUUAAAGUUUUCAGAUCGUCCUGUCUGUCCAUGUAAAUGUAUUUGUUGGCCGAGGUAGUAUUUAUUUCUUAUUUUUAUUUUUUUUAUUUUUCUAAGGGAUGGAAAGAGCUUGAAAUAUGUCACUCACUGAUCAUGCCUUGGAAAAUCUGCAGGAGGCAGAACCCCAGAUACCAAGGCCAUCAGCCAGGGCCUGGAUCAUGACAUAGGGAGGGGGAAGUAACCCCAAGGCCGUGGUCAGCAGCUGUUAUCUGGCGGGAGGAACUGAUCAGCUCUUCUCUUAUGAACUGUCUCCACUGUGAGCCAUGGGGGAAGGGGUUGACAGUGGGGAAUCAUCUACCUGUUCUAAAAUGCCCCGUAUUGGGAAAACUGAGAAUGGAAGUGCACAGAAGACGAAGAUAGGCAACUUCCCCUCAGGUAGUCCUGAGGUCCCAUACCUCCCAGAAGUGUGUCCGUGAUCCCAUAAGGACCUAUCUCUGGGGGUUCAAAGGAUCCCUCUUAAAGCGUUUACGUGAAUUUUAGACACACAAUGAUGACUCCUUCCUUGAUAUGCACCACUUUUCCACUGGACCCCAGGUACCAGUGGGUUUAAUUAAUAACAAUAAAUUAAAAUCCCCCAGAACUCCUCCCCUUAGCUGUGUGUGUGUGCAUGCACGCACUCAUGGGCGCCAAAGGAGGGACCUCUUCUGCCCAAAUCAAACACAUCUAAUGGCAUUGGUGGGGACCUCAGGGGAUGCUGCUAAGGACUCGGGGUGUUUUGGAGAUUUGCAGUAGCUGGUUUCUAUGUAGGUUGGGGGGCAGGAGGUACUUGGUGGGCCAGAGACAGAGGUUGAAUGCCAGGAUGAUGGGCAGAGGAUAGGGCACAGGGGAGGGAGAGAAUACAUGGAUAACCGAGCCAGAGACUUGGGCUGCACAGCGACAAGCUGUCAGCAGAAAAUCUACCCAGCACAGAAUUACAUUGGUUCAGUUAACGGGGAAGGGUUUUCAGACAGAAGGUUUGUGUUUCCUCACAGUCACUUGGCUUAUGUUUUUCCCCAGAGCAAUGUUCCCAUGCAGGCAAGUAGAAGCAGCUCAUUUGAGGAAAGUUGUGAUUCAGAAGGAAGGGGAUGAACCAAAUUGAGGUGCUUGGGAGGGCAACUGGUUGGUUCUCCAGCUCCAAGCAGAUAAGUCGCAAAGACUGAUCAUCCCCAGAAGGCCUGGCCAUUUAUUUUCUUAAGAUGACAUAUAUUUUAUUUUUGCAGCAACACUCACACAGCAGGGCUCUGGAGAAACCUUCCUCCUGGUCAGAGCCUCUCCUUCUAGGCUUACACUCAGUCUGGGACUUAACUGCUAGCUUCAUAAUUUCACAGGGCUGGUCACAAGGGGUUGUCCCCAGUCCCACUCCUCUCCAAAGAUACCCCUAGGGAAAGGAGGCAAGGACUUUGCAGUGGGGGGAGGUGGAGGGGGAAUGGGGAGGGAGCAGAGGACCUAACUUCCUCUAAUUCAACCAUGGAAUCAUGCACAUAAGAGAAGCUAGGGAGGGGUAUAAUAUCUCUAUAUAUUUAUUGUGUUGGAGAAAAUAACAUUUUAAUUUAAUCAUUGAUCAUAUUUGUUAAACUAAAAACUUUUUUUUUUAAGAAAAUGCAAGGGUGGGAGGGGGGAGCAGUUAUAUAAGGGCCUGGGAAAGGGCAAAUCUUAUUGAGGACUGUGAUACCGAAAGAGAGACGAGACAGUUCUGAAAUGCUGUAUGCUAUGAAAUACAUUGUCUGAGUAAUAAAUGUUUCAACCCUGACAUUUCAUCA